AUGUAUCCGACGCUCCCCGAUCGGUACACCGAGCAGCAGAAUCAGCAACACCAUCCGCCAUCUCAUCAUAAUCAUCAUCAACAACAACAACAACAACAACAACAACCAAAUCUUCAACAAUUCAUUCACACACAGCAAGGUGCCUUUCCUCAAGGAGGAGGAGGAGGAGGAGGAAGAGCGCAAAAACCGAACGAAGUUACCGGCGCGCCAGAUGGAAACCAACGAUAUAAGGCGACGUUAUUUCCUUUGAGCGAUGAACACGACGUGCAAUCGGUAAUCGUACAAGUUGGAAUCGAUGGUGUUGUUUUAUUCAACGAAGCGCAAACGGAGGAAAUUCUCACCUCUCCUAUGAAUAAAAUCUCUUCGUGGCAACAAAUCGACGACAGCAUGUUUCGAAUCGUCUGUGACGAUAACAAAAACGUUCCCAGUCGAGAGCUAGUCAUUACUGCAGAUAAUGCCACGACCGGCGCAAUGAUUGAUUCAUUAUUAUCUGGGGCAUUUCAAUGGUGCGAGUUGAACAGUCACGAAGGAACGUCGACGAUUGUGUGCGACGAUUCAAACGAAUGGACGAACUUAAGCUCAGACUUUAACGUAGCGAAAAGAAGAAGAGAAAUAUCGACGGAAUAUAACAGCGCGACCGCAGCAACGACAACUAACGGUGCGAGCGCGAUGAGUAGCGGUGGAGGUAUUGCGUAUUGGGAGAAACCGCACGAGCAUUCUGGUUGGCUUUGGAAGAAGGGAGAGACAGUUAGAAUGUGGCGCCGACGAUUUUUUCUUUUAAAAGAUAACCACAUAUUUUGGUUCAAAACAGCUGAUGUUACGGCAAAGACGCAGCCUCGAGGUACUAUUCCAUUAUCUCGCGUUGAUUCCAUUUCACCAGCGGCGGCGCGUGAUGCGGGAAAAAGUCAUUCGCUUACGUUGGAAGGUGCGUUUUCCGAACGAAUCGGGGCGAGGCAUUUGGCCGCAGAUAGCGAUCGCGAACGCGAUGAAUGGAUUUCUGCACUCCGAACAAGCAACAUAGCUUUAACAUCGCAACAUCAACGCCAACCGGCCGUUAUGAAAUCUCCGCCGCCGGCUACAACUUCAGCGUUGGGGAACAAAUUGAAGAGCGCGUACGGCGUCAUGACCUCAUCAGCUUCUCCCACCAACCAACCUUCGCCAAGUUCUUAUAGACAGCAACCAACAACGUCUACAACGUCGCCGACUCUAGCGAGAUCACCACCCACGAUUUCAGUAUCGACAUAUUCCGGAGGACAACAACAAGCAGCUCAACCUGAACUCCCGCCGUUGCCUUUUCAACAUCCAGGAGUCGUCGCCAGUCACUCUCGAAACCCAGGACCACCGCAGCAGCAAGUUUUCUACACGCCGCAAGGCAGAGCGUACAUUGUCGAUCCAUUGACUGGCCAGUCCAAGUGGUGUUAA